GUAUUCUAAGGAAUCAUAUCAUAUCCUUUGAAACUUAUAACAAAUUCUUUAGGUCUCCUAUAAAUUCACAUACAUUCUUUCUAACUGCCAUAUAUUUACCUCACCUACAAUGUCAAGAGCUACCACCAUCUUCCUUAUAUUGUCCCUCCUUCUCCUCUCCUCCACCAUCUCGUCUGCACGUCCAGAGCCUACUACUAAUAACGUGGCGACAAAAGCACCAAACACCGGUGUUGAGAUUGAAGAAGGGUGUGAAGGAAUUGGUGAACAAGAGUGCUUAAUGAGAAGGACCCUUGUUGCUCAUCUUGAUUAUAUUUACACUCAAAAGAAAAAUCCUUGAAAUUAAAGUAACUCAUCAUAUGUAUUGUCUGGUUGUAUUCAUGUAGAUUAUGCAUGUAUAAAUGUUUUUAAGGCUAUUAGUUUGGAAAGGUAUCUAACUACGUCAAAAAAAACUUUAACAGGUAUCCACUUUUAAAAAUGUCUAAAUUGAGAUAUAACCUAUGGUAAAGCUUUAAUCUGGGUUUUUUGAUACCCAUAUUAGAGAUUUUAUAUUAUCCACAUUAAAGUUUUUUAUGGUUGUAUAAUAUCUACACUAAAACUUUUUUGGUUGUUAUGUCAUCUAUAUUAGAUCUUUUUGUUAGUUUAUAUCAUAUCAUAAACGUUUUUAGAGGAUGGAUACCUGCAAAAACUUUUUCGGGAUAGUUAUAUGCCUUUCCAAGUCAAUAGCCCAUGUUUUUUACGCAUUUAUUUUGUUUAAGAGUAAGGGAGAUUUUCAUCUAUCAUUUAAAAGCGUGUAAAUAGUAUAUAUUGAUUUGAGUUUGGCAUGCUUUUUCAA